CCAGGAGCGAGGUGCCCUGGCCCGCAGGCCCCGCAGAGGGCGCCCUCCACAACAGCCCUCCGGGAAACCUCGCGGUUCGCACCCGGGGCCGCCCCCUCGGGGUUGCGCUGAGUCCGCGGCGGCGGCUGAGCUUCCCGGCUGGGGUGGGGAUGGGGGUGGGGAUGGGGGUGGCGGUGCCCGCCCCGCACGGGUUAAGCCGCCGCCCGCCCUAGAGCCAAAGUGGGUGUUGCAGGAAUGCGUCUCCCGUCCCGGGGAGGGGGCCGAGCUGCCCCCCCUGAGCGGGGCGCUGGGGAUAAAGGCGGCGUCGGGGGGGGAACCUCUCCACGCCGGCAGUGCCCCUGCCGCCCGGAGCCGCCCGCUCCCGGCAGAGGCGGACACCCCCAACCUCGGACCCGGGACUAGAGCCCAGCCCGCGGGGAGCGGCACCCAGCCCCUGGCCCCGGCCCCCCAGAUCCCAGACCCCAGCGGCGCACUCCCGGUUCCAGGAGCCCUAGAUCCCAGGCCCCGCGCCCCCCGAUCUCGGACCCCCAACCCCGGCCCCGCACCCCGGCCCGCGGGUAGCCGCACCUGGCCCCGCGACCCGCCAGCCAUGCGGACGCACCGCGGCCCCUGGAGAAGCCUCCUCCCACUCGCCGUGGUCCUGCUCCUGGGCGCCGGGCAGGUCCAGGGGGACCCGGCCGUGGGGACACCCACCCGGCUGCGGCGCCCCUCAGGCAGCCCGCCUGCAGCCAAGGUGCUCAGCCCGGCCCCGGAGCCCGUGGGGGAGCCCCGGGUACCCCGAGCCCCACCACCUGGCUGGCGACGCGGGGCGCCCGGACAGCGGCCGCUCGCACCUCGGCCCCGCAGCCCGCAGACGCCCGGGGCCGCGCCUCCCAGCGCGACACGAGUCAGGCUCAGUGGGAGGAAUGUCUGCAGGGGACAGUGCUGCCCAGGGUGGACGACAGCAAACAGCACCAACCAUUGCAUCAAACCUGUGUGCCAGCCGCCUUGCCAGAACCGGGGCUCCUGCAGCCGCCCCCAGCUCUGCGUGUGCCGCUCAGGCUUCCGAGGAGCCCACUGUGAGGAGGUCAUCCCCGAGGAGGAGUUUGACCCCAAGAAUGCCAGGCCUGGACCCCGUCGCUCAGCCGAGGACCUGCCCAGCCUGCACAGGAGCAGCGCUGCCCGAGGGAACAGUGGGCUCAGGACACAGCCCCCUGCAGCCCGGCCGCUGACCAGGACUCUGGGUGCCCUCAGCCAGACCCGCCCCUCUCAGCAGCAUGUGGGGCUGUCACGGACAGUCCACAUGUACCUGGCCAGCUCUGCCAAGGCCCAGCAGACCUCCAAUGCCCUGACCUCUGGCUUAGGCCUUGAGCAGAGGGAUGGUGCCCAGCAGGCAGUGGAUCUAGACCACUCUUCCUCUUCCUGGGGGCUGAACCUCACUGAGAAGAUCCGGAAGAUCAAGAUCGUGUUCACCCCCACCGUGUGCAGGCAGAGCUGCGCCCAGGGGCGGUGCACGCACAGCUGUGAGCGGGGCCGCACCACGACGCUGUACAGCCAGGGCGGCCGCACCCCGCACCCCGACCCCGCGCGGGGCUUCCGCGUCUACUUCUGCCAGAUCCCCUGCCUGAACGGUGGCCGCUGCGUGGGCAGGGACGAGUGCCGCUGCCCCGCCAAUGCCACCGGGAGGUUCUGCCACUUGCCCGCGCCUGGCACGGUGCACCCCGGGAGCACCCGACCUCGCCACCAGCUGGAGGCUGCCUCCUCCAGGCAGUCCACCUUCACACUGCCCCUCUCCAACCAGCUGGCCUCCCUGAACCCCUCCUUGGUGAAGGUGCACAUCCACCACCCGCCGGAGACCUCCGUGCAGGUGCACCAGGUGGCACGGGUUCAAGCCGAGGCGCCGGAGAACAGCUUGGAGACCAGACCCCCUGGCUGGACCUUAGCCAGCCCCCACAGCCACUGGGACAGCAACAGCCUCCCCUCUGCCAGGCAUGCAGGGCCCCCCCCGCCAGCCCUUCCAGAGAACCCCAGGCCCCGAGGGCUGCUGGGCCGGUGCUACCUGAAUGCUGUGAGUGGCCAGUGUGCCCACCCCUUGCUGGAGCUGACAGCCCAGGAGGACUGCUGUGGCAGUGUGGGGGCCUUCUGGGGGGUGACCUCGUGUGCACCGUGUCCCCCCAAACCAGCCUUCCCAAUGGUUGAAAAUGGCCAGCUGGAGUGUCCCACAGGCUACAAGAGACUGAACCUCACUCACUGCCAAGACAUCAAUGAGUGCCUGACGCUGGGUCUGUGCCGGGACUCGCAGUGCGUGAACACCAGGGGCAGCUUCCUGUGCACCUGCAGGCCUGGCCUCAUGCUGGACCCCUCGAGGAGCCGCUGUGUGUCGGACAAGGCUGUGUCCAUGCAGCAGGGGCUGUGCUUCCGGUCGUCAGGGCCCGGGGGCUGUGCCCUGCCUCUGGCCCAGCGCAUCACCAAGCAGAUAUGCUGCUGCAGCCGAGUGGGCAAAGCCUGGGGCAGCGAGUGUGAGUCGUGCCCACUGCCCGGCACAGAGGCCUUCCGGGAGAUCUGCCCUGCUGGGCACGGCUACACCUACUCGAGCUCAGACAUCCGCCUGUCCAUGAGGAAAGCAGAGGAGGCGGAGCUGGCCAGGCCCUCCAGGGAGCCUGGGCAGAAGAGCCGCGCCAGUCUGCCAGGCCUGGCGCCGAGACAGCCACUCCGGGAGACCACCGGCACCUGGCUGGAUGUGGGGACCACCCCUGCUGAGGGUGAUUCUCAGGCUGGCCAGGUCAUGACCAGUGUUAGCCAAGCACCAGCUUGGCUUCCAGGGAGGCCAACGCUACCACCGCCCAAGAGGGGGACUCAGGAGGCCUGGAGAGAAGAGCCAGUGACCAGCAGCACUAGGGAACAGGAGGCCUUGGGAGCUCCAGAAAUUGACAGGUGUGGCAGUGGAGCCACCAACAUCUGUGGACCUGGAACCUGUGUGAACCUUCCAGAUGGACACAGAUGCAUCUGCCACCCCGGCUACAGGCUGCAUCCCAGCCAGGCCUACUGUACCGAUGAUAAUGAGUGUCUGAGGGACCCUUGCCUGGGGAGAGGGCGCUGCGUCAACCAUGUGGGUUCCUACUCCUGCUUCUGCUACCCUGGCUACAUAACUGUCUCCAAGGGCCCUCGGCAGGAGUGCCAAGAUAUAGACGAGUGUGAGCAGCCAGGAGUGUGCACCAGUGGGCAGUGCACCAACACAGUGGGUUCAUACCACUGCGAGUGCGACCAGGGCUACGUCAUGAUAAGGAAGGACCACUGCCAAGAUAUCGAUGAAUGCCGUGAGCCUGGAGCCUGCCCGCAUGGGAGGUGCCUCAACUCCCCUGGCUCCUUCACUUGCCUGGCCUGUGAGGAGGGCUACCGAGCCCAGAGCGGGAGCUGUGUAGAUGUCGAUGAGUGUGCCAGCCGGGCCCUGUGCCCCUCGGGCUCUGCCUUAACACUGAAGGCUCCUUUGUCUGCACGGCCUGUGAGAGUGGGUACUGGGUGAACGAAGACACGCACCGCCUGUGAAGGUACCUGUGCGGAGGGGGUGGGCUGGUGCUGGUCCCAACAGGUCCUGG